CAGGUGAAGCUCCAUACAGAGAAAAAGGUGGGGCAAGACUUUUCAGAAUUUAAAGCCAUAUCAUAUAAAACUCAACCUGUUGCUGGAAUAAAUUACUUCAUUAAGGUUAGUCAAAAACGUUCCACACCUACCCCUCCCCUAAGCCAACAUUAACACUUGCUUCUCACGUAGAACAAAAUGUUGGCUUAGGGGAGGGGUAGGUGGGCAGUUUCCCUGAAACGAAUAAUAAUCUCGAUGUGCGCUGGAUCUGCAGUCAGUCCCACAUUGUACUCAUUAUGACAUUCACGGAAGAGUAGGGAGUGGGGGUAGGGGAAAUGGCAAGCAUUGUGUUUGCCAAUUAUUAUUCAGUUACAUAAUGAUUCCUGUUAGUAUAGGUAAUAGCAUGAUUGGAAGUGUAUUUGGCAUAAAUACCACGCGUGACAUUUCGAAAUUGUUAUACGUAAUUUCACGAACCGUAAGGCGAGUGAAAAUUGAGACAAUUUUGAAAUAUCAGGAGCGGUAUUUAUGCCAAAUAUCACGUACAAAUCAAGCUAUUAUUUGUUUACACUACUCAGACCCGCAAAAGGUUUGUAAUUUUUGCAUGCAGGUAUUUCAAAUUACGCCGAAAUACCACUGCUCUAAGCAAUCAAAAGCAGAAAUUUCUCAUGUAUUGAUAUAAUAAAGUUAAGUCAAGCGUUGUCUGUUUCCAUAAUCACUAAUAUUCUCAUAACACAGCAUUCCAGAGAAACGGUCUACCCGACCGAUGCGGUAUUAAUUUCAUAAAUCUUAUAUAAAGGAGGAUCAAUAGUUUAAAAUGAGGUUUAGUUAAGACAUUGUCACCGGCUUAACUCAACAACAGCCCCACCCUUCGCGUCAACUUAACGCUUUCUGGCGUGAGCAAUGGAUGCAGGGCCACUUUGGAACUUUCACCCGAUAUAAGGGAAUCCGGAUUGCGGAAUCCGAGAGAUUUUUGCUCACGGAAUCCGGAAUACAGCUCAAGGAAUCCGGAUUCCGACUAACCAACGGAAUCCGGAAUCCGGAAUCCAGUACCUUGGAUUCCCUUUCAUGGAGUGGAAGAUUCUUUCAGGUACAGCUUAGUUAAAGAGGCUCUGUCACUAAAUUCAGGCAGAGCUAAAGACCUUUCGCUGGUCUCGCACGGAAGGCCGAGCACGAAAUAAGUGCUAUUAAGCCACGCUAAGGCCCGUUUCGAACGUCGUGCUACUGUCGUGCCGAACUAAAUUGAUCGCCGAAUCAAAUUCGACUUUAGCACGGCAAUAGCGAGAUGUUUGAAACCAAGUCGUGGUUCUGCCGUGUAGCACGGCAAAGCUUUCCGUGCCACACGGCAGUAGUUCGACUUGGUUUCAAUCGUCGCGCGACUCUGGCUACUGCCGUGCCGAACUCAAUUCAUAAAUAAUAAAUACAUUAGAAUACAUUUAAAAGUUUGCUAAACCGUUUCUUUAUUUUUGCGUUUUGUUUUCGGCAACAGCCGUUCUCUUCAGUUCGACUGAAUUAAAUGCGACGUCUGAAACCAAGUCGUGCAAGCGUCGUGCUGCAGUCGAGGCAGCUUAGCAAGGCAGUAGCAUGACGUUUGAAACAGGCCUUAUAUUCAUUCAAUUUCCGUUUUUUUUUCUUGAAUCGGCGUAUUAGCCAUCAAUCUCGCUUCCAUACUCUUUUAUAUAAUUAUCUAUUAGAACGAAUGCGUGUCUGAUCACAGGCUCAACUAAAGGUUUUCUGAUGUCUUAAAACUCAAGAGUAACAUUGGAUCAAAAUUCCACGAGCAAUGAAAACCACUUACAUUUAUUUACAUCUUUUAUUAGGGUCUCCCUAUCAAGUUGAUUUUUUUUGCAUCGACAUUUUAACAUUUUGAAUGCUGAAACUUCAUAAUUGACUCACACAUUACAUAUUGGAUCUACAGUGCAAUCUCGAUUUCUCGAACUCUAGGUGUUUCGAAAUCCCCGAACUAAACCUAACUUUCUUUACGAGCCACACAGUGUAAUUUUACCUCCGAUUUUUCAAACCUCCCCAUCAUUCGAACCAAUUUGAUUUUCCCAAUGUUGUCCGAUAAUUCGGGUUUCCACUGUAUACCUUACUCGAGGGUGGGUCCUUUAAACUGUUAAAAUAUUUUACCUACAGGUUCAUGUUGGCGGUCCUUCCUACGUUCAUUUGCGUGUUUUCCAGUCUCUGCCAUGUGAUGGAUCAACUCUUUCAUUAGAUGCUAUCGAGACAGGAAUGACCAAGGACGAUCCCAUCAACUAUUUUGGCUAG